CCAUCCACAGGUAAAGGCGUGGUGAUCGGAAUAAAAAUAAUAGCAAGGUUGCAUAGCGGUAUAAAAUAAAAGAUAAAUGACAUUACACUAUAUGUGCGCUUGCUGGUUACAGAUUGCAGAUUUAUCCGGCGAUGAAGCUUACGGUAAUUACGUAAUUUUAAGUAUAUAAUUUAAGUUUUGCUUCCACUUUAUACCUUCAGAUCACUGGAAUACAGUACACAGUGUACAGUUGCAUAGAAGUUUAAAGAAUGCUCACUCAAUGUUGUCAAUUUAGAUAUACAUAUUAUCGUGGCCGCAGUUAUUGAUACAAAACAGAGACGGAAAAUCCAGUCAACUAAAUGUGAAAAACAAGCCGUUUGAGAUAAAUUUCAUUUCUGACGCCCAUCCAGAAGGUAUUCCGGUUGCUAAUAUUUUGAGUUUAAAAGAAAGUUUUGACCAUUAUGAAAUUGAAUAUAAUCCCUUUCCAUCUUUCAGUUUGAUAGAGUAUUAUAUUGCAACUUGAAAAGUGGUGUGUCAUGGUAAACAAUGCCGCAUCAUUUUUUUAUUUUGGAGCGGUGACAGAAGACGUAAAAACAAAAAACGAACAUUUCAAUUAACUAUGUUUUUUUUGACAGCUCGAUCAUUUUUGGAGCUGAUACUUAGAAAAAGUGUUUUUACGUGUUUCUGACUUUGAACCUAUUUUAGAGCAAAGAACUAUAGAGCGCGGUGGUUUUAGCCGUACUGUUGCGAAGCCUAUAUAGGCAAUAUCUUUCGACGUAGUUAUAAUUGUUGGCUUUGUAAGUGUCCAUCGAAAGUUGAAGUACCUUACUAGUGGUUCUUGGUGGUGGGGCCAGAUCCUGCGCAUAUGACAUGCACAUGACUUCCCCCCAUUUAGAUACCGCAUAAGGUCACCUCCCUUCUUUAUUAUAUUGCUUUGUCCUUAUUACUGUAGGUUCUUUUCUUCACUUUCUUAAAUCUCGUUCGUUUCAAAUCCGCUCCUCAGUCAUGUUAAAACUUCAACUAAUAGCCUUACUUGGCUACGUCGUUCAUAUUAACACUUCCGUGCUGCAAUACGAAGCAAUUUUAGUGCACCCAGGAAUAAUUGGAGGAAUAUUCAAGGGGCCAAACUCCGAAACCAUCAUUCAAGGUCCAGAUGGCAGCGCUAUUACAGCUGAACAAAUUGGCGGUGGCGUGGAAAUUCCAGAUAUACCUCCGUCGGCAGCUCUUAUACCUGACACAGCUGUAAAUCUCAUCCCAGACAGCUCAACAGCAAGACCAGAUAUUCUAGUAACAUCAACCCUUUCUCCUGCAUCAAUUGAAGAAGCACAUAUAUCAUCUACAGCACCUGCACUUGGUUCUUCUAGAGUAGUCAGUGACAGAACCAUUCUUAUUUCUAACAAGCUGGUACCCAUAUCGUCCAGUGGGAUUGAAAUAUUUACACUGUCUCCUUCUGUCGUGUCUACUACAACAUCACCUCAAGAAAGUUUUCAACCUAUAAUUUUACCCUCGGACUUUGGACAAGAUUCUUUACAAUAUAGACCAGACUUCACUGCCUCAGCACCUGCAAAGGUACUUCUACCUCCAUCAAGUCCUGCGUCACCUUCCGUUGCACCUUCCAAUGCCUACCAAAGCCCAGUGAUCACAAAGCAAGCAGUCCAUCAGAAACCAGUUCCAACAAACUAUAUUGUAACAACUCCAAGACAACCAGUAUUGGUAUCUACACCUGGAGACCUAAAUCUAUCUACAGGCUAUACAAGCAAUGUACGAGGUGGAUCAUCACCGACUGUACCUACCAUACAACCUUAUAAUGAAGAGAGUCUAUUAGGUGUCCAGCGCGAUAGCGCUAGCACGAAUUCUAUUGUUCAGCCAGAAGCUUCUAUUGGUGUGCUUCAGCAACAAGUCACAACAACAUUGCCUCCAGUAAAUUUGGUACCUGACAAUGAAGGCGCUCAUAAAUCAAAUAUCCAAAGAAUUUGGCCCUCUAGACCUUCAUCGCCUGGAUCUGCAUCCGGUGUGAACGACGCCAGGCAAGUUUCUCGGGCAAAUCCUUAUCUGCCUUCUUCAAUAAAUUCUGUCCCAGUACAACCAGAUCUGCAAGCUGUCCAGACCAUCAAGGAUAUCUCUCAAAACUAUAGGCAAAAUAUGUUCAGUGUAGGGAAUAGACAGAAUUCAAUAUCUAGUUCAGAACCUCCUAGGAUUGUAUCAUCAACAAUUACACCUACAGGCAAAUUGAACUGGAUAUCCAACGAGGCAGAAAAAAGUCAGGUCCUAAUUUCUGCCCAGCAGAAUUCCAAUGUCAAUAGUGAUCUAGUAGGUCAAACAGUUUUCAUUUCUUCAGCUAACGGCGAUAUCCGACAACUGGAUAGGGAACAAAAUACACACAAAAACCCCUCAGUAGGGCCUACUAUUAGACCAGACCUGAAAAUAGAGCCACUCAAUAAACAACUGUCUCCAAAUCUCUCAAAUAUUCCUAUAAGAGACACAAUUUCCCCAGAAAUUACAGUACCAAGAGCACCUGGGAUAGUUUCGUCAACAGCGUCACCUACUAUUGGAAGCAAACAACAAACAGUUCAACUCUCUCAACUUCCAAACAACAAAGGAGUUAUUGCUACAUACAACGUAGGACCAAACCAGCAGCCUCAACAGAUCUUGCUGGAACCACUUCCCGAUGGAGCUAUCGAGCUUGGGGCUACAAUAUCAUCACAAACCACUGUAACGGGCCUAGCAGAUGUACCACUUAACCCAGCUGAACAGCAGGUACCUAAUCAAGACCGGUACAAUCGCUUAGGGGAUGUAAGCCCUAAGAUAGCUGGACAGCCAGUACCUAACCUCAACCAGUACCAAGUGUACCAGAUUCAGGGUGAAGAUAGUGCUCUGUUGAGUAGUACAAACCCUGUGGCUCCUCUUCCCAGUCAAAACAAGCCAGGAUCUGUACCGAUAGAUUCGAAACCUCUAACUUUUGAUAUUGUUCCACAAAAUGGAGUAGUGCUUCCGGCUAAGAAUUUUGACGACUCAGCCACAUCUGUUCUAUGGAAUAGCUGCCGAAACACCAGUAAAAUUCCUGCUUCCUUCAAAUGUUGUUUUAAGUAUUAACAUACAUGUUAUUAAGUACUUAAUGAAUAUUUCACUUGAAUAAUUAUAGGAAAAGUAUAUUACAGUUUUGAUUUUUCAAUAAAUUGUAGUUCCAUCUAUGUCAAAAAAUAGUGUAAUAAAAGCAGUGUCAAUCAAAAAAUUAACGUAAUUUCAACGACCUUUUGUAACAUGUGAAAGUGCCAAUGCUACUAAAUACUAUUCAGUUACUAGACAAGUCUUUUUCCGAUUGCAUUAUUUCUAUAACUAUUAUUUUAUUUCAUUUAAUAAUUCCACGCGCCGGUCAUAUCAUUAGUUAUAGACAAUCAGAGCAUUGCAUAGAAAAACUGCUACAGUACUGGUUUCGCUCGACUUUUCCAAAGCUUUUGAAACCAUUGAUCAUGGAUUGCUUUGUCCCCAAUAUCAUGGCCUCGAUGGCAUAUAUUUGAAUUUUUUCAAGUUAUACCUAUCAGACCGUUUUCAAAAAGACAAAAUUGGGAGUGAUAUCUGAAAGUAAGCAAAUUCUUGCAGGAGUUCUGGGGCCUCUACUUUUCAUGAUUUAAAUUGCCGAUUUUCAGAUCGCUUUGUAACGAUGUUGAAUAGCUGCAUAGCCGCUUAUGCAGAUGAUAUCCAGUUGAUCAAACUCUUUGAACCGGAAAUUUUAUCAACUGAAAAAAA